GCAUGCGCACAGCACACUGACCGGAUAUGGCCGCUCACCUGCCGCCGUGUUGUUCCCCGGUGCAGCCACGGACAUGGAGGAGGCUACGCCGUCACAUGUGAAGUGCGAACGCGUGUCGGGGCCGUAACGUCGCACAUGUCCUGAACAUGGCCGCGGUUCUCCAGACAGCUGUAGUGUUGUACCUGUGGAGCGUCUUCAGCCGCACGUCAGGUCUCGGGGUCAAUGAACUGUUGUACUUCCGGGUCAUCAGUCCAGAGGAGAUCGGCUACAUCUUCAGUGCUGCGCCCGCUAAAGACUUUGGAGGAGAUUUUACUUCAUCCUACGAUGAGAUUUUCCUAGUGCCUGCAGACCCAGCGGAUGGCUGCUCAGACCUGAAGGACAGAGAUAUCAUUCAGGGACAAGUCAUCCUGGUGGAAAGAGGUGGUUGCUCCUUUGUACAAAAGGCCCGUUAUGUGGAGGAAGCCGGAGGCAAAGCGGUUCUGAUAGCUGAUAAUGCAGCGGACAACGACAGUCAGUACCUCGAUAUGAUCACUGAUGGGACCACGGCCAAACCAAGCAUUCCUGCUCUGUUUGUGCUGGGACGUGAUGGAAUGAUGAUCAGACGAACUCUUAAGAGACAAGAGCUGCCGUGGGCUGUCAUUUCCAUCCCUGUCAACGUUUCGUCUCUGGCCUCAUUCCCUCUGAAGCAGCCACCAUGGACCCUGUGGUAGAAGUGACACACACCUACAACUUCAUCGUCUUCCACACUCAGCUCGCUCUCUUUCAUCGGUGCAUUUCCUCUCAGCAGUGAGUAAACCCACAGCUUCACAGGGAAGUCUUUGUGAUAACCUUGUUGUGGUGGGUAACCUAUCACAUGUACUAGUGGUGAACCAAUAAACCUAACAAUUAAAGACAAACAAAUAAGAAACAUUCUUGCUUAUGGUUAGUGCCGAGCUGAAGUUUGAAUAAUUACUCCAGUGCCCUUUCAUAAUGUGCCUGUGUGCAGGGGCUUAUUGCUUAGUGUCACAGUGUAUGUGACACAACCAGUCACAAGUAGGAUUUAGGGUUUGAAUAGAUUAAUUCAGGUCUGUAUUUUUAUUUCCUUGACAAAUAUUCAUCCACAACACUGCAGUCAACUGUGCACUUCCUUAGAUCCUCAGCAAUACAACGGACUAGUCUGAGGUUGAUCAGAUGAGAAACAGUGAUGCUUUGAUUUAUAGUUUGGACAGUUGUUGAUCAUGACUGAGUGUCUUCCAGUAGCUCGGUCUCCAGGAACCUUUUGUUCACUUGAUCAGUUUGUUACUAGUGAGAAUGAAAAUCUCGUUAUGCAUUAAUACAACACUUACACAGCACCCGUCUCUUCUGCCAGGUCGAAGUGUUGGUGGUUUGAUAUUCCUCUGAGGGAUAGAAACUAUUCAUCACUGCGUCUGCUUUAUUCACAAUACAAUAUACUGGGAAAGUCAUCUCACUGUACAGAUGUAAAUAAUUUCUGUUCAUCUGCACGAACUUUAACAGGAUAAAACUGAUAAUUAAUGUGCAUUCCUUUUCUUAUGUUUAAUAAAUCUAAAUGAAACUUUU